GUGUCCAUUGUGCUGUGAACGCCACGUCGAGGGGCUCUGACUAUUUGUUCUACCGGUCGAUACUCUGUUCAGUGCGUCUGGGGUGCAGACGACUGGUUUUUCCCGGGCCCGCCAUGAGCAAAUUGAAUUUCACGGCCCUGCGAGUCCGCCAGACGGCGCUCAGGCAGAAAGCGGCAGGCAAGAUCUCGCGGCUACCGGAAUGGGUGGAUGUGAUCGGUGAUAUUCCUCCUACACAGGUACUCGUUCGGAAGCCGGCCAUACAACAUCAGCUGGUGCAGCAGCGGGUGAAGACGCUCCCAGGCGCGUCGAAGCCGCAGGUCGUCUUUGAGGCCCUGGAGAAGCGGAACAGACCCAAGAAGAAGCUCAGCCGUAUGUUUCUACCCGUCGAGAUCAAGUACGAAGAAGACCAAUUGCGGAGGGAGUUCUUCCGCGACCAUCCUUGGGAACUGGCGAGACCUCGCGUCCUGCUCGAAACUACGGGGAGAGACUUUGACAAGUACGACUGGAGCCGGCUCCAGCAACCGGGGAAGCGUCUCGAUGGUGAAAGCGUCGUUCAACGGCAGCUCUGGCUCCUGAACAACGUCCCUGAUAUGACCAAGAGCGACGCGUACGACACCGCGCGGCGGGAAUUCUAUCGACUCCGGUUACAGGAAGAUAUCGAACGCCGUGUCGCGGCAGAGGAGGCAGAGGCCACGGGGGCUGUGUUUGGGCCAUCGCGUCUGGAAAUCGGUAUGCAGCUCGAGAACCAGCAGUUCGAGACAUGGAAGACAUGGGCCAAGUCCGAGGCGGCCUUACAGAGCCAGAAGAUGGCUGCUUUCGUAGGCGCUCCCGAGAAGAUGGGUGCAGAGGAAGAAGACACUGGUGCACUGGAGGAGACAUCGCAACAAUGAUCUAGCUGCACCUCUCUCCUCCGGUUUUGUCUAUCUAAUGAUGCGGUAUUGUGUGGUCUUCGGCCACACUUGGGCAACAAUGGCCAAUGUAUAUUAUCACUGUGAAUGGAUCUUUUCCGAAUUUAUCGAACUUGUUUACUAGGCUUGAAAUGUCAUCAAGUUUGAUGGUUACCCAGCGACGAAUAAAACUGAUCUCUUGGUCUUGAAACAGGCG